AUGCAUAAGCUAUUGAACGGUAUUUAUAAGAGCAGUGCAGUGAUUACGUCAGAGUUGGUUGAAACUACACAACCACAAAUGCUUAAAAAUGCAUUUAAAACUCGUCAUCAUAGUCAAAAGUUGUGGACAUUUUCAAUGUUCGUUGAACGCAUUCGCGCAAAUCCCAAACGUGUUGAGAUUGGAGAUGUUGAAACGCCAUUAGAAUCAAUAUUGGAAACGGAGCAGGAACAGCAAAACUUAAACGAUGAAGUCUGUCUAUUGCGUGAUAGUCCGUUUCGUAUAUUAAGGGCAGCUGAGGCUGGCAAUUUGGAUGACUUUAAACGUCUUUAUCAAGCCGAUAAUACACGGCUAUCCCUGCAAGAUGGCAAAGGUAGAACUGCAGCCCAUCAAGCAGCUGCCCGUAAUCAAGUCGAUAUAUUACGCUAUAUACAUGAUCAAAAAGGAGAUUUUAAUAUUCGAGAUAAUGCAGGUAAUACACCCAUACAUGUUGCCGUUGAAUGCGAUUCUUAUGAAGCCCUGGAUUAUUUAUUGUCAAUACCUGUGGACACCAGCAUACUCAACGAAAAGAAACAAGCUCCCGUACAUUUGGCCACCGAGCUGAAUAAAGUCAAGUGUUUGCGUAUUAUGGGAAAAUAUCGUAAUAUCAUAGAUAUACAGCAGGGCGGUGAACAUGGGCGUACCGCUUUGCAUUUAGCCGCAAUAUACGAUCAUGAGGAGUGCGCUCGCAUUUUGAUAACAGAAUUUGAUGCAUGCCCUCGAAAACCGUGCAACAAUGGUUAUUAUCCUAUACAUGAAGCGGCUAAAAAUGCCAGCUCAAAAACAAUGGAAGUAUUCUUUCAGUGGGGAGAACAACGCAAUUGUACGCGGGAAGAGAUGAUAUCGUUCUACGAUUCGGAGGGUAACGUUCCCCUACAUUCAGCUGUACAUGGUGGCGAUAUUAAGGCAGUUGAGUUAUGCCUAAAGUCGGGGGCAAAAAUUUCAACACAACAACAUGAUCUUUCAACACCAGUACAUUUAGCAUGUGCCCAGGGAGCGAUCGAGAUAGUUAAAUUAAUGUUUACUAUGCAACCAAUGGAGAAAAGAAUUUGUUUAAGUCGCACGGAUGUGCAAAAAAUGACUCCAUUGCAUUGUGCGUCCAUGUUCGAUCAUCCGGAUAUCGUUGAGUAUUUGGUGCAGGAAGGUGCCGACGUUAAUGCGCUAGAUAAAGAGCAUAGGUCGCCGUUACUUUUGGCUGCAUCACGUUCCGGCUGGAAGACGGUACAUUUGCUAAUACGAUUAGGGGCUAAUAUUGGUAUCAAAGAUGCCAGUUCUCGUAAUGUCCUGCAUUUGGUUAUAAUGAACGGUGGACGUUUGCAGGAGUUUGCCGAAGAAGUUUGCAAAACGCAGACGCAAGCCCAAUUAGAGUUGUUGCUCAAUGAAAAAGAUAAUACAGGCUGUUCCGCCCUGCAUUACGCCAGUCGCGAUGGUCAUAUACGAUCUUUGGAAAAUCUCAUAAGACUGGGUGCUUGCAUAAAUCUUAAGAAUAACAAUAAUGAGAGUCCUUUACAUUUUGCUGCACGUUACGGACGCUAUAACACUGUUAAACAGUUAUUAGAUUCGGAAAAAGGCUCAUUCAUAAUUAACGAAAGUGAUGGUGAAGGAUUAACUCCUUUGCAUAUUGCCUCGCAGCAGGGACACACAAGAGUUGUGCAAUUAUUACUGAAUCGUGGAGCUUUAUUGCAUCGUGAUCAUAACGGAAGGAAUCCUUUACAAUUGGCUGCGAUGUCCGGCUACAACGAAACGAUCGAGUUAUUGCAUUCAGUGCAUUCGCAUCUUUUAGACCAAAUAGACAAGGAUGGUAAUACCGCCCUUCACUUGGCUACCAUGGAAAAUAAACCUCAUGCCAUUUCUGUUUUACUAUCGAUGGACUGCAAAUUACUAUACAAUCGGAUGGAUAUGAGCGCGAUCGAUUACGCUAUUUAUUAUAAAUACCCAGAAGCAGCUUUAGCUAUGGUUACGCAUGAAGAGCGUGCCAACGAGGUGAUGGCAUUAAAAUCAGAUAAGCAUCCUUGCGUUACUUUAGCUCUAAUAGCAUCGAUGCCAAAAGUUUUUGAAGCCGUUCAGGAUAAAUGCAUAACGAAAGCGAAUUGUAAGAAAGACUCGAAGAGCUUUUACAUAAAGUACACUUUUUCAUUUUUGCAAUGUCCUUUUAUGUUUGCUAAACUGGACGAGAAAACCGGCGAACGCGUUAUACAAUCGAACCCAAUACCUCUACCGGCUCUGAACACGAUGGUCAAUCAUGGACGCGUUGAAUUGCUGGCACAUCCAUUAAGUCAAAAAUAUUUGCAAAUGAAAUGGAACUCAUAUGGAAAAUAUUUUCAUUUAGCGAACCUUUUAGUUUAUUCCAUAUUCUUGCUUUUCGUUACCAUUUAUUCGUCGUUAAUGAUGAAUGGCAUUAAAAUUAAAAAUCGUGUCUUUGUUGCAAAUCUUAAUGUGAUACGUAAUCGUUCCGAUCUAAUCGAUUGCUCAUCAUUAAUCGGUUCACUGCAAUUGCGCAAUAAUUCAAUAUCACAUGAUGAUUGUUAUGAGAGCAUAAGUCAAUCGCCAACAAUACGUGUAUGCGCCGGUACCAUAAUUGUUUAUAUAGCAUUGAGUUCGUUACGCGAACUGAUUCAAAUCUAUCAGCAGCGUUUGCAUUAUAUUUUGGAAAUUGUUAACUUGAUAUCAUGGAUUUUAUACAUAUCAACCUUGAUAAUGGUUGCACCAGUUUGUAAAACAGACGGAGCUAUAACAAAUGUUCACUAUUCGGCCGCCUCUAUAUCGGUAUUUUUAUCAUGGUUUCGUUUACUAUUAUUCUUGCAACGUUUCGAUCAAGUUGGCAUUUAUGUGGUCAUGUUUCUCGAGAUUUUAAAAACGCUUAUUAAAGUAUUAUUGGUUUUCUCGAUACUAAUUAUAGCGUUCGGUUUGGCUUUUUAUAUACUAUUGUCGAAGAUUAUCGAUCCGCAACCAAAUCAUUUAAGUUUCUCUAAUAUACCGAUGUCAUUGUUGCGUACCUUCUCAAUGAUGUUAGGUGAAUUGGAUUUUGUAGGCACCUACGUCAAUACCUAUUAUCGUGACCAAUUGAAAGUUCCUGUAACAUCAUUCUUAAUAUUAAGUAUUUUUAUGAUAUUGAUGCCGAUACUUUUAAUGAAUCUACUUAUUGGUCUGGCUGUCGGUGAUAUAGAAUCCGUAAGACGUAAUGCUCAACUAAAAAGAUUGGCAAUGCAGGUCGUCCUGCAUACGGAACUGGAGCGUAAACUUCCUCAGAUGUGGUUGCAGAAAAUUGAUAAAAUGGAAUUAAUUGAAUAUCCGAACGAGACAAAAAGUAAAAUGGGUUUCUUUGAUUUUAUAUUAAGAAAAUGGUUUUCAAAUCCCUUUACCGAAGAUACCUCACUGGAUGCGAUGCCAUUUGAAAAUAAUGAUGAUUACAUUAAUAGCGAAUUAGAGAAACAAAAACGUAAGCUUCGCGAUAUCGGGCGUACUUUAGAGCAACAGCAUCAACUUUUACGUUUAAUUGUUCAAAAGAUGGAAAUUAAAACGGAAGCUGAUGAUGUUGACGAAGGUGUUUCGCCAAAUGAUUUACGUGGCACUGGCAGCAAUUCGGGUAAUUCGUCAAGCUCGCGUUGGACUUCGCCUCGUAUACGCAACAAAUUGCGUGCAGCAUUAAGCUUUAAUAAAAGCAUAUAG